AGCAUUUUGGGACUGAGGAAGAACAGGCAUAAUGGCCGGAUGGAAGGACAACAGGGAUCCCACAGAAGCACCAUGAGGAAAAUUAAGGAGAAGGGACCAGGACGUAUCCAAGGAAGACAGCACCAAAGUUCGCAUUCAAUCCUAUUCGUUCACCUUUUUGAGCUGACCUUGUGGCCACUGGGUGCAGCAGUACAGAGACCAUCAAGAUGAAACUGCAGCUUUGGUCAGCCUCCUUCACUCUCACAGUAACAAUUGCAUUGUGUGGGGUCAAAGACUUGCGGGACCAUUUUGAACAACUUAGUGGAACUCACUCUUUAACUCCUCGUGGGCCCUAUGGCAACGGAACUCAUCUUUCACCAGAAUUUCACAGAGAAAAUACUUUGACCAAUGACUGGAGUGUCGAAGAAGAUGAAUACGAAUAUAUUGACUUGGACAAACUAUUCAAUGAAGACUACUUUGACAUAAUUGAUGCGGUCCCAGAAACUACUCCUGAAAUUAAACAAGGGAAUAUUCUUGAGCUUUUCCCAGGAAAAUCCAGAAUUCAGCGCCUCAACAUUCUCAAUGCAAACUUUGGCUUCAAUCUUUACCGGAGUCUGAAAAGCAAAGCCGACUCUUCAGAUAACAUCCUUUUGGCGCCCGUUGGCAUUUCGACAGCCAUGGCUAUGCUUUCCUUGGGACUGGGAGGUCAAACACACGAGGAAGUACUGACAUCUCUGGGCUUCGGAGAUUUUAUUAAUGCCAGUUCCACCUACAACAUUUCAACCAUUCACAACCUCUUCUAUAAACUCACCCACCGUCUGUUCAGAAGGAACUUUGGCUACACUCUGAGGUCGGUCAAUGACCUUUACAUCCAAAAACAAUUCCCUGUUCUGAGUGAAUUCAUCAGCAACAUAAAAAAAUAUUACGUCUCUGAGCCCCAAUCAGCUGAUUUUUCAGACCCAGCCUUCAUUACCAAAGCCAAUGCACGUGUUUCAAAGCUCACCAAAGGAUUAAUCAAAGAAGCCCUGGAGCAUGUAAAUCCCAACACUCUGAUGAUGAUUCUCAAUUGCCUCUACUUCAAAGGCACCUGGGAAAACAAGUUUCCCAUGGAAAUGACACAGAAGCGCUCUUUCCGUCUGAAUGAGAAACAGUCUGUGAAAAUCCCUAUGAUGCAGACCAAAGCCAACUUCUUGGCAGCUGCUGAUCAUGAGCUCGAGUGUGCGAUCCUCCAGUUGCCCUAUGUAGGUAAUAUCAGUAUGUUGGUUGUCCUGCCGCACAAACCAUCAGGCAUGAACAUGCUGGAGAAGCAACUGACCCCACAGGUGGUGGAGAGAUGGCAGAAGAGCAUGACGAACAGAACAAGGGAAGUUGUGCUGCCUAAAUUUACGCUGCAGAAAAGCUACGACUUGAUUGAGUAUCUGAAAACACUGGGAAUCAAUGAGCUGUUCUCCCAAAAUGGCAAUUAUUCCGGAAUAGCAGAAGGGAUAACCAUCGACAGAUUUAAUCACCAAGGGACUAUUACCGUGAAUGAAGAGGGAACGGAGGCUGCGUUUGUGACUAGCGUGGGCUUCAUGCCCCUCUCAGCUCAGAUUCGCUUUGUUGUCGAUCGUCCCUUUUUAUUUCUUGUCUAUGAGCAGCGCACCAGCUGCCUGCUUUUCAUAGGCAGAGUUGCCAACCCAAGCAAGUAUUAAAAGAAGAGAUGUAUUCUCCUUGCAACCACGUUUAGGCCCCAUUUAGGGCCAAGGUCAGUCAAUACGCUUCUAGAGUAUUGCUCUACGUGUGAUGGGUAGAAGAAGAACAUGCUCCUUCUGUGCCCACCUGACAUGCCAGCCCAGCAUGAGACCCCACCAGGUGUCCACAAGUUAUGUUCACACAGGGUUCAGACUCAAACCAGGACUCACACAAGGCUACAGUGCAUGAUUUAUUCCCCAAAGGAGACAGGGCAGGCAUGCCAGUUAAGUGGGAUGGGAAAAAUUACUUUUGCUCCCACCAAAUACGGAGCAAUCCAGGAAUGUAUUAUCCAGUCAGAGCCCCCAGUACAUUUUAAUGUAACUAUUUUAUUGGUAGAUUUUGUCCUGUUUAUCACAGAAGUUAUUGGAUUAAAAUACAGUAUUGUUUUAAUGAAA